CAGUUAAGCCAAGUCUACACGCAGGCAUUUAAUACUGAACUAAGGAUCAGAUCUCAGUUUUCUUGGUGUAGCCAAAGGGAUACAGCAUGUCCGAUAUGCUUGACAUCUUGCCAAAAAACUUUCUGAACGUGGACUUGAAUGAAGACCAGCUCUUGUCACAGCCACAGCUUAAAAUCCCAGUGCAAAACCGACUGAGCCGAUCGUCCUCCUUCUUCUCCCCCUCCUCCCAUCCUGCCUCCUCAAGCCUUAGCUCAAGCUCUGAGCAUGUUAACGAGGACGACAAUGGCAGCUCUAUCUGGUCAUCCAACAUCUGGAGUCAGGCGCCAGUUUCCAACAAAAAACAAGUCUCCUUCCGGCCUGACCGCUCUAUGAGCCUGACCGAGCCCAGCAGCUGCCUGCUUCCUUCAAUCGGACACCUGAAAGGCCUGGAGCCUUUCCCCCCAAGCCCUACUACUACAGUGGCCCCCCCACCAGGAUUUGCUCCCUCAUCUAACCUCCCGCCUCAGCUACCACCACUGCUUUCCUCUAACCGUUACAAGACUGAGUUGUGCCGCGGCUACCAGGAGAGCGGCACUUGCAAGUAUGGCAGCAAGUGUCAGUUUGCCCAUGGCGAGGCCGAACUGAGAGGACUGUACCGCCACCCAAAGUAUAAGACCGAGCCCUGCAGAACCUUCUACAACUUUGGCUACUGUCCGUACGGCUCGCGCUGCCACUUCAUUCAUGAGGAGAAAAUCAGUGGCGGUCCCCUACCGUCUACCAAAUUCCAGCAGCAGCAAAACCCCUCUACAUCUGUCGGCCACAACCCACGCCACCAGCUCCGCCAGAGUGUCAGCUUCGCUGGCUUCAUGGGCUCCUCCCGCAGCUCCUCUCCUCCAUCAUUCCCUGCGCUCUUCAAUGAUCCCAACCUGGGAUUUACCCGUGCUCCUUCAGUUUCCCCUCCUCCCGCAGAUCUCCUUUCCCCUGUGUUCGGAGACUCCCUGCAGAGGGAGACAUCAGCAUUCCAGUUUGGCAACCACCAGAACCGCACCAGCGCCGGAGACAUUCCUCUCAUCCUGGAGCCAAAGACCACACGCUGCGUGUGCGGCCACGGAAAUAACUUUACCGGCAACAAAACUAGAGCUUUCCCCAGCACAGUGGACCAGGACAGCAACUUGCUGUUUCCUGGUCUUGGCAGCAGUGCCGUUUUCACGAGGCCCGCCGGACUGCAGCGCUUCUCCUCCGAGGACUCCCUGGAGGACAGCUACAGCAGCAGCAGCUCCAGCGGGACAGAGUCUCCAACCUUUGACGGCUCGGCCAACAAGCGGCUCACCGUGUUUGAGCGUUUGUCUCUGUCUGACUAGAGAAAGUGUCAGCUGGGCCCAAAUAAUCCAAAGAGAAACAACUGUGACACUUACGUAGCUUUUCUAUCUCCUGACUAUUUCUAAAACUGUUCAGAACAAGACAACAUAAUAACACUUGUAGAAAUGUAACUUAUCUUUUACAAACUACACAUACUAAGAUGAUUUUAGAGCUCAAAUGUUAUCAGACUUUAUUUUUAUACUCAUAAGCAUGGCUAAGCCUAUUAGGCCUUUGCAUGUAGUCUUCCAUGAGAAUUACCUCUUCUGCAGGUCUUGACUUUACCAGAACAUAUUUUGGCUCACUACAAAUCAGUGGUGGUUUAAAAUGGCUUACCUUUUAGUGACAAUCAUUAACGCCUGUGCCUUAAAUAAUUUUCCAUUCUCUGUGCCACAAGCAGUAUAUUUGAUUCAGUAGCCUUAAUCAGCGAGACCUGACAUGUGUCUAAUAUAUGCACUUUACAGCUAAUUCAAAUGGGGAAAAAGUCCCAGUAGCAUUUAACCAAAGCUUUAUUCGUAAUUCUGCUCAGUGUGUAUGGAAAUAGAGUGAGUGUACAAGAAUGCCUGUAAGGAUGUUUGAGUUUAAUUUUCUUUUAUCGAGACUUGGGGUGCAAGUAAAUAUUGCAGAAUGCUGAAGGAUCAAAGUGUGCUAAUAGAUUGCUGUGAUAUGGAUUGGAUAUCUGCAUUCUGACAUGCUUUCAUGGUUUUGAUUCUGUAAAAGGUUCUGUUGUAUUUGUUAAUUGCACACCAUCUAUUGUUUUUUCCCCCCCUGUUUGUUUGACAGCCUGGUUCAGGGAACACCGCAGUAUUCCUUUUGGUUAUUGGUUGGCUCUUGUUGUUUAACUUAAACUAUGUAUUUAUUAUAUUUAUUCAUGUUUUAAAAAAAACAGAAACUAUGUGUUUUGUACUAUUAUUUAUGGAGAGAUAUUUCCAACUCUGUGAAAAGCCAAUGUGAGAAAAAAAAACAGAAAAAGAGAAUAUUAUAUUUUUAAUUGCCUGAAAAGGAAACAA